AUGACAGAAAUAAUAAAGCAAGAUUUUCUAAAUUCCAUUGAUAUUACCAAGCAAUUUACAAAGGGAGUUUUUCUUGAUGUUGAAAUAAUUCUAAAUAACGGUGAAGUUAUUUACGGGAAUCAGACCUUUAUAACUAAUAACUCAAAGACCCUAUCCGAACUUAUGCAAGAAACUCCAAAGAAAACGAUGAUUCUCAAUUUACGACAAAUAUUGAAUUCUCUACCCAUCAAUGACGGAUCUCUUUCUAGUGCUUUCAAAAGCUUACUUUGUUAUUUCCAUAUUGGGAUACUCAGUUUGAACAAGUUAUCAAAGGACGAAUUCAUUGGGGUUGCAUUUUUUGUGCAUUGGCUCAAUGUCAAUAACUUGUUCGAUCCGAUUUCCGAGCAAAUCAGAGGUUUUAAACUGAACGCAAAAGAGUCGAUUGAGUAUAAACAACUAAUGUCGACUAGCAAUACACAGUCAAAUAUUUCGUCAUCACAUGAUAAAAAUCUAUUUCGUUUGAUUCGUGAAUGGAUCGAUAGUAAAGAUGAAAACUCUAAUUUAUCAAAGUUUCGUAAAGAGAGGUUAUUUUCUUAUGUGAAUGUGAACUUAAAAGCAAUUUGUUCAAAAGUAUUAUUGAAAGAGGUGGUAACUUGUGGUCACAUCAACCAAGAUGUAUUAUAUCCGGUGAUAUUAUUUAAACUUGAAGAACUAACAACCUUACCAGACUUGAGACAAGAAAUUCUUCCUCGAUUAGAAAGCACUCAGUUCAAAGAAGAAACUGAUAAACUGGAGCAUUCUGAUAAUCAAAAAAUAUUGGAUCAAGUCAAAAAAGACUCCUACAUUGAAUACAAUCCUACUCCACAUCAUAAAGACUCUGAUAUUGAAUAUAAUCCUACUCGACUGCAUUAUAAAAAAAGUAAUGGGAAAGAAUAUGAAGCGUAUUAUGAAUAUGAUGUGAGCCAAUAUGAAGCUACUUAUCCGCGUUAUAAAAAUGUUAAUGGGAAAGAAUAUGAAACCAAUCAUACAAAAGCAUCUCACAAAAUUUUCUAUUUGCCCCAAGGAAAAGAAUAUGAUACAGAAUUUAACAUUAAAUAUAUGACAAGAAAGCAGAAAAAAUGCGCUACACUUUUCCGAACAGAACAACGCAAAGAAAAAGAAUUACGAAUUGCACAACAAUUUAGAGUCUAA